GAAAUCGCAGCAAGCUUGUGAGAAAUACCGUAUUCCGAGAAUUUGUGAACACCAACUCGGGCUCUGACUCCGUUCUUGCAUCUUGGCCAGUCUAGGGAAACCUCGAUAGCACGACUCCCCGAGUCUUAAUUAUUUGUUUUGCCUCGGCACAGCUCCUUGUUUACCCCCCUUUUCUGACGUCGUUUGUCUGCCGCAGCGCGGGUUUCUUAUCUUUUUUUUUUUACUCCCUUGUACCCCGUCCCUCCCCUCAAGUCUCCGGCCCAGCAUGCGUCCGGCCGCCUCCCGCGUUUUUGGUCAAUCGGCCUUCCUCGCUCGUCAAUCGCUACUCCGUCCGCAGCAGCAGCAGCAGCUUUACGCCGCCCAGUUCAUGCGUACAAUGGCGUCCCAGGCCAAGAUCAAGGUCAAGAACCCAGUCGUCGAGCUGGACGGCGACGAGAUGACCCGCAUCAUCUGGCAGAACAUCAAGGACAAGUUCAUCCACCCUUACCUCGACAUCGACCUCAAGUACUACGACCUCGGGCUCGAGUACCGCGACAAGACCGAUGACAAGGUCACUCUGGACGCCGCAGAGGCCAUCAAGAAGUACUCGGUUGGUGUCAAGUGCGCCACCAUCACCCCCGACGAGGCCCGUGUCAAGGAGUUCAACCUCAAGCAGAUGUGGCUCUCCCCCAACGGCACCAUCCGUAAUGCUCUGGGCGGCACCGUCUUCCGGGAGCCGAUCGUGAUCCCGCGUAUUCCGCGCCUGGUGCCGAGCUGGCAGAAGCCCAUCAUCAUCGGCCGCCACGCCUUUGGCGACCAGUACCGCGCCAAGGACAUGGUCGUGCCCGGCGAGGGCAAGCUGACCAUGACCUUCACCCCCAAGGGCGGCGAGCCGCAGGAGAUCCAGGUCUUUGACUUCAAGAACGGCGGCGGCGUCGCGCAGACCCAGUACAACACCGAUGAGAGCAUCACGGGCUUUGCCCACUCAAGCUUCAAGCUCGCCCUCGCCAAGGGUCUGCCGUUGUACAUGAGCACCAAGAACACCAUCCUCAAGAAGUACGACGGCCGCUUCAAGGACAUCUUUGAGCAGCUGUACCAGUCGACCUACAAGGCCGAGUUCGAGGCCAAGGGCAUCUGGUACGAGCACCGCCUGAUCGACGACAUGGUCGCCCAGAUGAUCAAGAGCACAGGCGGCUACAUCAUGGCUCUGAAGAACUACGACGGUGACGUCCAGUCCGACAUUGUCGCCCAGGGCUUCGGCUCCCUCGGCCUGAUGACCUCGGUCCUCAUCACUCCCGACGGCAAGACCUUCGAGUCCGAGGCCGCACACGGCACCGUGACUCGCCACUACCGCGAGCACCAAAAGGGUCGCGAGACCUCGACCAACCCCAUCGCCUCCAUCUUCGCCUGGACCCGCGGCCUGAUCCAGAGGGGCAAGCUGGACGAGACUCCCGACGUCGUCGCCUUUGCCGAGACCCUCGAGCGCGCCUGCAUCGAGACGGUCGACAUUGACGGCAUCAUGACCAAGGACCUCGCCCUCGCCUGCGGCAAGACCGCCCGCAGCGACUACGUCACCACCAACGAGUACCUCGAUGCUGUCGAGAGGAGGAUGAAGUCGAGCCUCAAGGAGAAGCUGUGAAUUUAGAGUUUCUGUUUGUUGGGCCCUAAUCUUAGCUGCAUCUUAAUCUGCCAAGCAAUCUAUCUCAUCUUUUGGGAGGGUGAUUUGACAAAAAGCAAAUUCUAAGCAAACCCCAAAGGCCGACACCCCGAAUUCAACUAUACCCCAUAUGGCAAGGUUUUUCUCUCGUGUUCAUGAUUUCUUUUUUUUUUUAUGGUCGGUUUACCGUAUAUACGCGUACAAGCUACAGUGUGAAAUCUUGGUUUUUUAGCAUCUUUGUGAUUUGCCCGCGGGGGUAACACAACGCGCCUUUUUUGGGAUUCCAUGACACAGCCCAGCAUAGUGUGUUUUUUUUCUUUCUUGAAAAACAUCACAGAUGUAUAUAGCUCCAUCUUGGAUUUCAAUUCACCUCGCAUCUGAUCAUGAUAUUAUUGACCAAUGGGCUCAAAUGGUCUAUGACAAAACAUAAAACGCAGGCGAAAUGUAAAGCAAAGAAUAAAAGCUACGCAGUGACAGCCUCAUGCAGUCCUUUGUUUUGAUAAAACAAGCUAUUCG